UCAACUGCCUUUGCCGAUUAAUUAUCAAAAAUAUAAAUGGCCGCACUAAUCUGUGCAAAGAGCAGUUUUAAAAAAUAAAAACAGUUCUGCGUUUUGGUAACUAGCAACUCAAAAAGUGAGAAAAAAAAUGAAAAAAUCGACAAUGGAAGACGCAAAGCAAGAAAAAACCCCAGGAGAUAUGUGCAAUGGAACAUCACAAACCAGAAUGGUAUUGGCCAAGCCUCGCUUAGGAGGAUUUGGAUCACCUAGUUUUAGUUCCACUUCGAAUAAAACAAAUAAUCCUUUUGGUUCAGUGCUACGCCCUCCACAAUUGAAAGCGACAACUAAUCCAUUCCUUAAACCAAACCCAAUUGAAGAAUCAGGAAAGGAGAAAGACAAAGAAGCUUCUGAAAACAGACUCAAUGAAUCCAAAGAGAAUAUCGAGGUGCCACAGUUUGUGCCUUUAGGUGGAGCAAAUGUGGCUUCUCGCAAUGUAAAUGCGGUGCCAGCAACCAACAGCCCAGCCGCACCUAGUUUUGUGUUUGGUCAAAAUCUUAGUGAAAGGGUAGUUAUUAAAGAAAAUGGGAAUAAUGGUGAAGCCUCCGCGACAGAACAUAGCUCUUCAAAUGGGACAACUGAAUUACUUUUCACAAAUGCUGCAGCUUCAGUUAAAGAAAAUAAUCAGGAAUCUGAGUCUAGUAGAGCUGAAACAAGUAAUCGUGAUGCCUUAGUAGCAGCUGCUGCAGAAUACGAAAGAUCACAUGCACGACCUCUGCCGCCUACUACAAACUGUACAAUCACUGGGGAAGAGGACGAAACAAAUGUUUUACAGAUCUCAUGUCGGUUGUUCGCGUGGGAGGCGGGCAGCUGGCGGGAGCGCGGGCGCGGCGUGCUGCGGCUCAACGAGUGCGGCGGCGGCGGGGCGGGGGCGGCGGGGGGCGGGGGCGCGCGGCUCGUGGUGCGCGUGGCGGGCUCGCUGCGGGUCGUGCUCAACACCAAGCUGUGGCCCGACAUGCUGGCCGACCAGGCCGGACCCAAGUCGCUGCGCAUCACCGCGCUCGACGCACAACAGCAGAUCAAACUGUUCCUCAUUAUGGGUUCCCCGGCCGACAUAGUUCAGUUGACGAGAGCUAUAAAAGCUCGAGUGCAAACGAGCAAGAAGCCGGCGGGCGGCGCGCGCGGCCACAUCGCGCCCUCGCAGUCGGCCGCCGCGCGCCUCGACGCCGACGCGGACGACUGCGGCGACCGGCUGGCGGCGGCGCCCGGUGCGCCCGAGUACCAGUCCAACGUCGACGGCAUGCGGGACGACAACGAAACCAAACCCCUGAAAAGGAAAGAGCCAGUCGACGACGAAACCUCGCCGAAGAGACAGUGCCCCGAAAUAGUAAUAGAUUGAUGUCGCGCGUGACGCUCGCGCUGACACGGCGGUACACGAACUUAGUGCUGACAAGCGGACAAUGCAUUCGACUUUACGAGCUCUGGGUUCAAACAAAUCUUGUAUAUUAUGUGACUAAUAGAUUGUGUAGUAAUAUUUAUAAAUACAUAAUUAAAUUAUAACGAUGCAACAUUGUUGGUUAUUACUGAUGCAAUGGCCAUAUUUAGAGACCACACUGGCAUUUAAACUUAGUACAAACUUGUGGUAUUUUGUGGGUUGAGCUCGAAAUUUUCAUUUUCACAUUCCAAAGGUUGCACGGAGGGCCACGCGGCCCCCGCGCUCGGCCAGAGCUGGAAACCAAAUAAAACACUGAAAUGAUUAUUUUCAUAUAGAAUAUAACAAAUAAAUAAUUUCUUAAAA